AUGGGUUCCUCUUCCUCUUCACACAGCCACAAGUCUUGGGGGUCAACAUCAUCAACAUCCCCGGCAUCCCCGGCGCCGGCCCCAAGCACACCUCACCUACAUCCAGUAUCGCUCCCGAUAUCAAUGACAUACGCACCCCACCUCCAUACGGUUUCCCUCCCGCACCCUAAUGCACACUUGCAUCAACCCCCUGUGUCGUUCUUGCACCCCCUCUUGAGUCGUGGCCCAAAUAUAAUGUUUAACAUCACGCUAGACUUGGCACGUGUGCAACUGCGACCAGACUGUCCGCCUGCCAGGAUUUGGGAGUUUGCGGUACAACCGCAAGUCUCUCGUAUGACCAUUAUUAUGUCUGAGCUUCCCGCUUGGGUGAUAGAAGUUAUAAACCCUCACGGCAUCACCGUAAAUGAUGUCCUGCUCAAGAUACGGGAAACCCUCAACCGAGGUGUUACAUCACACGAGAUGCAAAUGCACAGACCUUCUCAUGCGGUUAAUGCCGCUAUCGAUUCUUUCAGGGCUAGAACCCGUGCAGACCAGCGCGAACAUGCGCUGGGUGUAAAACGUUUGGACUUUUUGGGCCCAAAAAUCUUUUUUGUUGGCCUCACUAGAGCUCGAGAUGGCUCGGAUAGCUGGAAUAUCCACUUCUCCCAGAAUGUUUGA